AUGACGCUGGGUCUGAUCAAUGCCAACCCUGUGGUUCACGCUAAGAAGGAGCGAAUCGCUCGUUCCGAAGAUUCUCACGCUAUCCUUGACUUCGCUUUGACAAAUUUCGUGAGGGAUAUUCGGGAUCCCGAACAUCCUUAUUCUCUGGAACAGCUCAGCGUUCUCUCAGAGGAAUCAAUCACCGUCGAUGACAAAUUAGGCCGAAUUUUGAUAACGUUUACGCCGACCGUUCAGCACUGUAGCAUGGCCACGGUUAUUGGUCUUUGUCUGAGAGUGAAACUGAAGCACUACUUUCCUCCUCAUUACAAAGUGGACAUCAAGGUUUCUCCUGGAUCUCAUGCAGACGAAGAAUCAGUUAACAAGCAGUUAAAUGAUAAAGAAAGAGUUGCUGCUGCCAUGGAGAAUCCCAAUCUCCGCCAGCUCGUGGAUGAGUGCCUUUACUCUGAUGAAAAUGAACUGUGA